ACAUCUGCCGCUUCGUUGGAGUGAGUAAAUCUGCCUACUGGUGUGCGCACGUGCAUUCAUUUCGUUUCUCGUCCUAGUAGAGUGAGGAGUAAAACCUUCCACGAAGGAAACCAUGAAGCGAAAGAAAUCAAUCCUUAUCACGGAAAGUGACUCAUAAAUAUACAGCAAUUCUCAGGAUAAUAUUACCAAGUGUAUUAUUGUCUUCUCUGUGCAUAUUGUGGUAAUCUUCAGCUGUGAGGAUUCCUACGUUUGUGAAACAGCAGCGUGCUCUAAGGAUAGACUUCAUCCUCUCAGGGGGGGCAUCGCUGACUUCAUCUGUUCGCCAACUUAUUCCCAUCCAUUCUACAUUGACAUCAGGAAUUGAGCGUCAUCCAAUUCCUUCUUGAAUCAAUUUAGUUUUCGAAUUUAGCAUUCAAGAAGGUUUUAUUAGUGGCAGCUGUUCAUCAUUUUUAUUUUUCAGUUUUCUUACGAUAGUUCUAUUUUCUUGUAAAUCGUUCGUGGUUCAGUAUCGGACAUAACAUAACACGAACCGUGAGUAAUUGCACCAUCGUCGGAUUUCUGAUUGAACAGAGAACUAUAAGUUAUUGAUUAGGCGGAGAGUAUCCUCGGCCUAGCGUCUCGUGUCCUCGGUGACCUUUAUCGCCUCUGUAGGAACAGAAAAAAACAUUUCCAACAAAACCACGCACUUUUAAAAAAGUGUUUCUGAUUGGCAGGGUUAAAAGACAGAAAAUAAUAUACAUAAUAUAGGGAUAACAGUGGAGAAAGACCUACCAGUGUUGCCUUCCAAACAUCCGAUCAAUUAUCUGUGUCUGCACGCAUUUUACCUCCAUCUCAACGUAUUUCCAGUAUUUCACGCCAGCCUCUCAUCUUAUCAAACAUUUUGUGGAGAGCCCUUCACCCCCCCCCCCCCCCCUCUACUCCUUCCACACCCGAAAUCUAGACGUAUUCCCAGUACAUCUUGUAAGCUUCUCAUAAACUCAAGCGCAUUGUGAGAGCUUCUUUCAGCCCCCUUACCCUUCCCCUACCCCACCUUUCCCACUGCCGGCAGCCACUUCCCGAGUCAUGGGGGUGGUGGACAACAUCCGGCCGUACGCUCCAGGCCUACGGAAGUUUCUGCUGGUCAUCCUGUGUCUGCAGUCUGUGGCCGCCUCUCUGAUGGUCAACUCGGUUGUGGCAAUCUCACUCUUGCUCACCUUCACAGCCUUCCUGGUCCGGAUCUACAGAGUGGACCCUGAACCUGUGCUGUUGCUGAUGCUGCACACCGUCAUCAGUGGCUGUAUGCUGUAUGACGUAACAAGCACUUUGUGUGUCAUAGUAGCCGGUAUGACGUCACUCAUCUGUCUCGGAGGAUAUGAGGUGCACGGGGAGCGCGUUGCUGUGCUCGUCAUUUCUACUCUUAUCACUGCCAUUUUAGGAAAACCGUUGGCGAUCAUUGCCUGUGUGGUUGUUGGAGUCGUCAUUGUUGUGGCCAAGUUGCGUCCCUUGAGACCUCCGAUGCUCCUGCUGGUGGCUUUGAGCUUCAUAGCCUUGACCUUGCUGGUGAACCGUGCGGCUGGGUCUGUCCUGGUCUUCGUCCUCAUGGGCAUCAUAACGGCUCUGUUUGUCGUCAACAAGGUUUCGUCAGACGAUGACCUUCCACCCAGGACCUCGACCCGCUCCCACCACAACAGCGGUAACAACAACAGCAACCACAGUGGACAGCAUUCACCUGUUCCCAACGGAUACUUACAGCUCAGCAACCCGACGGAAAGCCUGGACCUGCACGGCCACACAGUGACUGGGGCGAUGAAGGUGCUACAUACGUUUCUCAGGGAGAAUGAGGAAGCGUACAAAUUGAAUCGGACCAACCAUUUGCGUCACGUGACAAUCAUAACUGGGGAAGGUCACCAUGACGACGAGCUUGGUCCUGCCCCUCUCAUUAAACCGACUGUCCUCAACUUUCUGAAGAUAAACAAGUACAAACAUUCAGUCUCCAGGGAAACUCCUGGGCUUAUCAAAGUAGAUCUGGAGUCCCACGUGAUGUGAUGAGGCUCACUUACAGCUUGUUUUUACCCUGCAGUACAUACAAUGAUAUUGCUUAUAAUUAUAAAUAAUAUCAUAUCUUUGUGCCUCAGUUCGACUUUUCGAGUUUUUCCAUCUUAUAUUAGCACUGUACUACUUUCCAAGACUACAUAUCGUUGGCAUGCUGUUCACCUGAUCUAAGUCCAGAAAACGUUCUUAACAUGAGAGAGAAAGAACCCCCCCACCUCCCCCCCAAACAAACGGUUUCAUUCGUUAAGAAGUGAACCAACUUCAUGUCACAAUCUCUUACUUUUUUCAACAUUAAAAUUUAGAAUUUGCAUUUCGACAAAGUAUAUUUCAGUCAUAUGGAACAAAUACUACAAAUUAAGAAACUGCAAAUUUUUUAAAAUAAAAUUUUUGGACUUAGCACGUCUGAACAGCUGGCCGACGGCAUCAAUAUAAUUGCACCAAUCUGCUUUUCAAUUGUGAUUAUUAAAUUAUGUUAAAGUUAUUUA